AUGUGGUUGCUUCUAUUCUUGGUUUCAUGGGGUUACGCAAGUGCUCCAGUCUGCCCGAAUGGCUUCACAUUGGUCAACAACAAGUGUUUGGCCUUCUUCAAAGAUCCUGUGGACCAUGCACACGCCGCCAAAAAUUGUAUGUCGCAUGGAGCAACUUUGAGCACACCGAAAAAUGCGAUUGAUAAUCGCGCUCUGGCGAACUUUGUCAAGGGAAACUCCUUCGUGUGGAUUGGAAUCUUUUGUGUGGAUAGUGAUCCGUCAAAGUGCUAUUGGGAUGAUUCCACCGGAGCCGUUGAGAGCUUCAAUAGUUUCUCACCAGGAUUCCCAGAAGUCGACAUUGGCCAAUGCGUCUAUUUGGUGACGGACGGAACACUAGCUGGAAAAUGGCUAAAUGGACAGUGCAGCGAUGAACCGAAGCAAUAUGUUUGUGAGCUUCCAACUACAGUAGUACCAGCAUCCAACUUUUGCAAAAACAACUACAAUGGCUUCUGUUACUAUUUCAAUGACCCUCUUCCAUUUGCCGAAGCUCAACAACUCUGCGAAAACGAAUGUGGAAAUCUGGUUUCAGUUCUUUCCGCUCAAGAAAAUCGCUACUUAAACACCGUGGUUGCACCCAAUCAAAAUUUCUUCAUUGGAGCCAAUUAUUCGGAGAGAAGCUGGAAAGAUGGAUCCAAGUGGGACUACAAUAAUGUUGAUUCUGACUACGUGUCAGAUAACGAGAACUGCUUGGCAAUUUCCAACGGACCAUCUAAUGACGUGGCAUCUGGAGCCUGGUACAGUGUGCCUUGUGCGGAUCCACGUGGAUUUGUGUGCAAACUGGAUGCCACUACUAAAUGCGAUAAUCCUCCUGUCACAGUCAGCCCAUCGAUUAAUAACCCAUCCGGAUGCAAUCAAGGUCUUCUGAUGUUUUCUGGAGUCAUUACAUCUCCACGCUACCCGGCAGUUUCCUAUGAUGGACCCCACUGCACGUAUUCUCUUGCUACAGCAUCUGGAAGCAGAAUUUUUCUCAAAUUCACGGAAUUUUCCAAUAGCGCAUGGGAUGUUAUUACUGUCUACGAUAGCGAUGGUAAAACUAGUCUCGGAGACUUUUCAGGAACUAGUGGCCCGUUUUCUGUUAAGUCUUCCGAAAAUACAAUGACUGUGAAGACCAAUGGAAACCGUUACAACACACGUGUAUUAUUCAAAGCGUCGUUUGCUUCUGUUUGA